GGCGUCAGUGGGAGCAAUAUAAAUAUAAAUGACUUUUCUAACAGUUAAAAGCAUUCUUUUUAUACAUUUUUAAAAUUCGCAAGUUUUUACCAUUUUUUACAUUCGUUAAAUUCGCGGUUCCGAUUGGAAUUGAGAUUUUAAGACAUGGCUUAUGAUUGUGGUGAUGCAAUACCAUCUUUUAAGCUGGUGCUGGUUGGCGAUGGAGGCACGGGAAAGACAACAUUUGUCAAACGUCACAUGACCGGCGAGUAUCAGAAGCGAUAUUUGGCCACCAUGGGAGUGGAGGUGCAUCCAUUGAAAUUUCACACGAGUCGCGGACCAGUACAAUUCCAUGUCUGGGAUACGGCCGGGCAGGAAAAAUUUGGGGGGCUGCGCGAGGGCUAUUACAUUCAGGCGCAAUGUGCCAUUAUCUUCUUUGAUGUGACCUCUCGGACCACCUAUAAGAAUGUGCCCAACUGGUAUCGGGAUUUGAUGCGUACCUGCGGCCACAUACCAAUUGUUCUGUGCGGAAAUAAGAUUGACAUUAAGGACUGCAAGGUCAAGCCAAAGGGUUUGGAUUUCCAUCGCAAGAAAAAUAUACAGUACUUUCCGAUAUCUGCGAAAUCAAAUUAUAAUUUUGAGAAACCUUUUCGCUGGCUGGCUCGGGUGCUGGUUGGUGAUCCUCGUCUAGAGUUUGUAGAGAUGCCUGCAUUGCAGCCGCCGGACGUGCGCAUGGCCAAAAGCUGGCAACUGAAAAUGGAGCACGAACUGGCACAGGCGGGUCUUUUACUUGAGGAUGACGAUGAGAAUUUAUAGAUACUGCUAAAAAAAUUUUGUUUGUGUACACAAAUUUUAGACCGAUGACGACAAGAAUUAAAUAUAAAAUUGAAGCUUUGACUUUCCUUUGCUACGUCAAGGUGUAGCAUAAUAUUA